GGCAAGUUGUGGCAACAGCCGGAAAUGCCACAGCUUGUUGCCACUGCCACGAUUUGAGCUUGCUGUCUCUCAGUUAACAGGGGAGGACUUUACAGUAACUAGCCCCAGUGUGGAGGAGGAACAACCGUGCGACUGGACCGCUGCUGCUGCACAGUGGCUCGAGUUAGCUGGCUAACUGCUGCUAGCUAACAUAAAGCGGAACAUGUUCACUUUCCACCCGUUGCUAACUCACUGGUGUGGUAGCAGAGUCAGUGGAUUGUACCAUGACUUUCCAGCACGGUUUUGUUGAUGUUUCGGAGCCUUGAGUUAUGCUAUCGCGAAAGAAAAGUAAAAACGAAGCGUCGAAACCAGCCGAGGUACAGGGGAAAUAUGUGAAGAAGGAAACGUCGCCGCUCCUCAGAAAUCUUAUGCCGUCAUUCAUCCGCCAUGGGCCCACUAUUCCAAGACGAACAGAGGGUCCCCCACCAGAGAUGGGGCCCUCCUCCUACCCUGUGGCACCAAACCGGGAGUCUGUGGUGCCCCGUAACAAGAGUGUCCUCCGCACGUCUGUACAGAGGUCUCCGCAUGAGGUGGCCCGCAGAGAGAGCCACCGCAUGUCAGCGCCUCCAUACCUGCCUCGCAGUCUGGGAGACUUGUCACACGAGUACCGGGGCUCGUCACAGUCCUUCCUCACAGACGUGAGUCCCAUGUCUGAGAAUGGAGAGGCUGCACGGUAUUAUUACCCUGAACCUUAUUAUGACAACCAGCAACACCAGCAGCGCCAGCCCAGGAGAGUCCCAGAUCGCUUUCCUGAGGACUAUAGAUACUAUGAACACAAUGAACACAACUUCCAAAGACUUUCCCGUCAACACACUCCCCCAGCUCCAAGUCGACCCCCCUCAGGCAUAGGUCGAAUACAGGCCAAGUCUCUAGGGAACCUCUCGAGCCUAACAGGAGAGGACCUGCCCCUUCCGGCCGGUUGGACUGUUGACUGGACCAUCCGUGGCAGGAAGUACUACAUCGAUCACAACACCAACACUACCCACUGGAGCCACCCCCUGGAGAGGGAAGGACUCCCUCCAGGCUGGGAAAAGGUGGAGUCCGCUGAGUUUGGAGUUUACUACGUAGAUCAUAUCAACAAGAGGGCACAGUAUCGACAUCCCUGUGCCCCAAGCGUUCCUCGCUACGAUCAGCCCCCACCACUUCCCCCUCCUGUGACCUAUCAGCCUCGGGCCGCAGAGAGAAACCAGCCGGUACUUGUACCAGCUAACCCAUAUCACACAGCUGAGAUCCCAGACUGGCUGCAGGUGUACGCCCGUGCACCCGUCAAGUAUGACCACAUCUUGAAGUGGGAGCUGUUCCAGCUGGCGGACUUGGACACGUAUCAGGGCAUGCUGAAGCUGCUCUUCAUGAAGGAGCUGGAACACAUCGUCAAAUCCUACGAGGCGUACCGGCAGGCGCUGCUGUCCGAGGUGGAGGCCCGCAAACAGCGACAGCAGUGGUACAGCCAGCAGCCCAACAAGAACUUCAUAGGGAACAUGUGAUUUGUCCUGCAGCAGGGACGUCUCUCUGAGGUUUCCACGGUUUGGGAGCGGCUCUUCAGUUGCCUUUGAAAUCAUGAUUGACUCUUAAUUGCCUCCUUACCAAACACAUCUGUGCCUUCGCUUGAUCCAAAUAUAUCAACCAGGAAGUCGGGACAUGGAUUGACAGAGGGGAUGUGACUCUCACUUUAUGAAUGAGUGGGGAAAAAACAACACUAGAAUAAAAUAAAAUGUGGUUCCUUUUGCAAAGACUGACCUGAGAACUGAAGUGUUUAACUCCUGUUUUUGACACUAAGAAGCACAGUGUCUAAAAGCCCUGCUUGGGAUAUUUUUUGGUAAAACAUUGAGAUUAUGCCUUUUUAAUCAAGUGAAAUAUAACAGUAUUCCAGCGUUUGUUCAUAUCCCAACAACACCAGCUACUCCGUCGCUCUUUCCCUCAGCUUCUUUUCAUGUGAAAGGAAGCAAAUUUUUUUUUUUUUUUUUUUUUUUACCCUUUUUUGCUUUGUAACCAU